AUGGAUUUGGCUUCGAAAAUUUCUGACAGGAUAGCGCAAAGCGGCGGCAAAAUUUUGUGUAGCCAAUUAGUUGCGGACUUUCAGCCUAAUGUCAUUAGGGAUAAUGAUUGGAAGCGUUUGUUUAAGAAGGCUGUUGCGUCUGUUGCUGUCAUUGAACAAGGCGAGGACAAGAAGAAGUAUCUUGUUCUCAAAGAGGUGGCGAAGAAUAAGGAAAACAUUACGAACAUCAAGUCGGUGUUUUGUCAGUCGACGCAGACACCAAUUAGUCAGAUGAAAUGUGAACCAACAGUUAGCCGCAGAACUUCUAAUAGAACUGCUGCCUCGUCUUCAUCCGUGCAAUCUGGGUCCUCAAACUACUCCGCAUACACAAGCAAAGAACCACGCCAGUGGUGGAUAGCCUGUUCCGAGGGUCGUUUGGCAGACAUGCAACGACUCUUGGGACUCAAUCCGAAAUUGGUCAAUUGGAGCAAUCCUGUGGAUGGAUGGACUGCUUUGCAUUACGCUGCGAAGACCUCUAACAUCCAAAGCAUGCGACUUCUCAUCAAACAGUAUCAUGCCAACGUGAACGCUCCCUGCAGAAAUGGCCAAACUCCGCUCCACAUUGCAGUGAUGCACUCAAACGUGACUGCGAUUCGUCAGCUUGUCGAAGAAUUCAAGGCCAACACGGCCAUCAUGGAUUUUUCUGGUCGAUUUCCGGUUUCCCUGCUGUCCUCCGAGUUACGGGAACAGUUUGAGGCUCUGCUGACGGCUGGUCAUCUGGCUCGGAUCCGCGACGCACUUCAAAUUCUUCGUCCGAAGCACACCAAAUGUGAUGGAGAAUCUACAAGCUUUCUUUUGACUGGAAGUGAUUCGGUCGAUUUCAAACGUCCUGUACUCGUUCCAAAGUCAUUGGCCAAGCGUGACACACUGUAUCUAACACACAUAACGGAUGUUCUGCGAGCCCCGUCUCUGCGCUCUUCGACUUUAAGCCUUUCGGAGGGCUAUAGCAGGCGCCCCUCUGCCUUUAUGAAUCUAAUUCACUCAGCGGCCAAUGCAGUUCAUGUGUCUCACGAUACGGCAGUUGUCUCGCGGCUUUCGACCCCUUCGCCCUCGCUCCAGUUUCAGCGCGAACGCUCCAUGCUUCUCAUACAUCCUUCUGCAGAAAUGGGUAAUUCGAAAUCCAUUGGCCGCGCCCCAAGUUCUUCACUGGACUCAUCUAGUUCCUCCGACAUCGUUACCACCGCUGGAUCCAGCAGAAGUCUGACAGAGAAUCAUGAACUCUCUCAUGCUUCCCUGCUGCAUCGAAAGUUGCCUAAAUAUGCUCCUGGUCAGGUGAAUCCAACGGUUUUGGUCACUCUGCUCAGUCUCCUACCUCCUUCCCCUCCGGGACCGGAGAAGAAACAUCAUCCGAGGAAAUUUCGAAACGGAAAAUGCCCCUCCGCGCUUACGUACACGGCCGCUUUGGCGGAGUCAAACAUACACACCCUCGCGUCCAACAUACGGAGGAAACACUCCGUAAAGAGCCUCACCUAUGACGUGGAAAGUUUAUGUUCCGACCGUGUUCCCUCUUCUCCCUCGUGUCAAUCGUUGGCCGCUUUCUCGAGCCCCGCGGCUCGUGGUCGUUCAAUAGAUUACACCCCUGGGUUGUAG